AAACAAACACAUUUUGAUAUUUUAAAUAAAUAAUAUUAUUUUGUUAAAUUAGUAUGUAAUGUAAUUUAAUUUGUAAAUCUUUAUUUGAAAAUAAAUAAAUUUAAACUGUGUCAUCUAUCCAUCAUGAAGGAGAUUAUUGGUGGAUUUUCUGAAUCUGGAAGAUAUUAUGCUGAAAUCAGUGUUAAUGGUAAGGUUAAUGUCUGGGAUACAAACGUUGGUGAUUUGCGGCAUACAUAUUCACCAAGUGGACAUCUAAAUUCGUCUGUCUCUUGUGUUAAAUGGAUUCAAAUGGAUAAUACUGAUUUACUUUGUAUUGGGACACAAAAGGGUUAUGUUGAGUUUUAUAAUAUUGCCAGUGGAUGUGUCUUCUCAAAAAUUAAUACUCAAUCAAGAGCUGUCAAGAGUAUUUAUCGUUUAGCUCAAUAUUUAUAUGUAGGUUCAGAUGAUGGUCAUGUUAUGAAGUUUGAUUUAAAGACCAACAAACUAGAAGAAUCAAAAAAUAAAAUGGGUAAAAUAUGUGCACUUGCUGUGUUGUCUGAUGGGAGAGUGUUGACAGCGUCCAGGGAAAUAAAACUAUGGAAUUUUCCAUCUGGAAAGUUAAUUCAUAAAUUCAUUGGUCAUAAGAAUGAAAUCACUUCAUUACACAUUAUAGAAGCUGAUAAAUGUUAUUUAUUAAGUUGUGCUAGAGACCGUUUUGUUAAUAUAUGGUCGUUAAGUGACCUUAAACCAGAUCCAUUAGCUUCAUUAGUUGCAGAAGAUAAUAUUUCUUCUAUGUUUGUACAGAAUGCUCGCAAUAAUAUUACUGUUACAGCGACAACUGAGUGUGGUACUUUGCAUGUGUAUGUACAUGUAUUGAAUGGAUGUGUUGUACAUCCACUUAAACCUCAGGGAACUCUUCAAAUAGCUGUGGAUACUAUUAAAGAUGAAGAAAAUGUACAAAUGCCAAUAAUAUGUUCUAAAAUUAUUGAUUCAAGAGUAUAUGCAGUGUAUGGAACCCGGCCAUUUCUAGCAUUUGAAAAUAUACAAUUAAGUAAAUUAAAUAAAUGCACUUUUAUAGCAAGACAAGAUCCAAAAAAAUCAAAAACGGUUGUAGGUAGUCAUAUAAUUAAUCCAAAUAUUUCAGAUGCUAAAUGCAUUGAACUAAAAAAUAAUAGAUCAUCAAAUCUACCACUUGAAACAAGACUUCAAAAUAUGUCUGAAGAAAUCGAAACCACAGUUCAGACUAAAGGUGAAAGUAUUGUACAUUUAUUGGUUCAGGGUCUUCGUAGUAAUGAUAAGAAUCUUUUAGAGUCUGCUUUAUUUGUAAAAGAUGACCGAACAAUUGACAAUACUGUAUCACGUCUACCUUUACAAUCAAUCAUCAUGCUUGUUCAUAAACUUAUCCGCCUAUCACAGGAUAGAACAUUGAUAAGUUCUGUAAGUGUAAGGUGGUUGUCUGCAAUACUACGUAUUCAUGCAUCCUUAUUAUUAGCUAAUCCAGAUGUUUUAGAAACCUUUUUACCCUUAGAAAAUGUUUUAAGUACAAGAUUAAAUAACUUUCGACAACUUGGAUUAUUAGAAUUUAAACUAAAAGCUCUAGUUAACAAAUUAAACUUUGACAAAGAAGAUAAAGACAAAGAGCAAGCUGCACUAUUGGUGUAUAAUGAUUCAGAUGACGAAGAUAAAAAAACAAUAGAUGAAGAUGCAUUAUUGGCACCCAUUGAAUCUGAAGACGAAGAUCAAAAUACAACUGAUGAAGAAGAAGAAAUGGAUAUAGAUAUAAAUGGUGAAGAUUAUCCAGUUUUAAUUACAAAUAAAACAUAAAUUAUACAAUUUUUUUUUUAAUUCAAUUAUUAAUGAAUUAAUUUUUAAAUAUAUUAUAUAUUUUAAUUAAUAUAGUUUGAUUAUUUGUUGUAUUAUAAUCGUUUAUUUAAUUAAGAAAAAAUUACAAUUCAGUUUUAUAAAUGUGUAUGUGUAUGUCAUAGUUGAGCAAAUCAAUAUUUUAUAUGUUUUCCAUGACAAUUAUAUUGGACUAAUGAAAAACUUUAAUGCAAUUUAGUGACAUACUAUUAUUCUAAUAUAGUAUAUUUUGGUUUUACAUAUUUGUGGGAGGUUUUAAAAUUAAAAAUACUUAAACUAAUAUUUUUAAAUUGAAAUGUUAUUAAGAAUAUUGCGAGUUUAAUCUCUAAAUUUUGGUCAUUAUAAUAUUGUAUAAGAGAAGUAAGGUAAUAUAGGAAAUAUAACACCUGUAAAAUUG